AUGGAAAAAUCUUUAUUUCGUCGUGUAGGUUCUCGAAUAUCGGAUAUUAUCCAACUUACAAUUUAUCCUCGUUCUACAAUGUCAAAUUCAAUCCAAAUUCCAAACGAGGAACAUCAACCUUCUCAAGAACUUGAUACUUAUAAAUAUUUUGGAAAGCAGUUGCAGACUAUUCCUUCUUGCAACGAAACUGUUUCGCUAGCCGAUUUGGAUGAUGAUCCCUGCAUUAGUUGUGCAGAUCCAUGCUUUGAUCACUCAAGCUACCCUUCUUACCUAAAGAUAGAUUAUAAAUCCACUUUAGAAGGAACCGUAAAACCAUAUAUAAAACAUGUAUUAAUAUCAACGGGAAAAUCUGAUUGGAAUUCCCAUAUUGAAGAUGAUUUAGGAAGUUUGGCUGCUAAUUUAAAUAAGGUCAUCAAAUUUGAUUCCGGGAAAAAAUCUGGUUAUUUUAAUGUUGACGCAAAUGGUGAAAUAGAAAAACCAAGAAUAGUCAUCACCAAUAGUGAUCGGCAAAAUUCUGAUAAUGAUCCUUCGUUUUCUAAAGGAAAUGACAUUCUUUUAUUUCCUGAUAAUAUACUUGUUCGUAAUGUAUCUCCAAAAUAUGCUUCGGAAUUUUAUAAAAAGUUUUUAUCGUCUACUCUGGAUGAAAAAGAUCAAUACAUUCCUUCUUUCAAUUUUACUGUCGAGCCAAUGCCAUAUAAAGCUGUUAUCGUUAUAUGUUCUCAUAAACGUCGUGAUAAAAGGUGUGGUAUCACUGGUCCGAUACUAAAAGAUGAAUUUAACAAGGUAUUAAAAGAAAAAGGUUUAGAUUUAGAUAGUAAUAGUAACGGUGUUGCUGUAUUUCUUAGCAGUCACAAAUUUGCCGGUAAUGUUAUAGUUUACCGUGAUGGUCAAGGUAUAUGGUAUGGACGAGUAAUUCCUUGCCAUGCAAAGAAUAUAGUUGAGACUACGGUUUUGGAUGGGAAAGUUAUCAAAGAUUUGUAUCGUGGAUCAAUGAAUGGAAGCUUCGCUCCUGGAAAAGGGGGUAGACUAGAUUGGUAA